AGGAAGUAUUUUAUGGAAAAUUUAGGUGAAGGUUUAUAUCAGAAACGUAGAACUGUGCUAAUGAGACAGAUAAAUGAAGAAGUGAGAAAAAUGAUGGGAGAAUUAUUUACCAACCUUGAGGAAGAACUAGAGGGAUUUAUUUUUUAUGCUGAUAAGUUGGAUGGAUUUUACUCCAUGUAUAUGCUGGUAAGAAUGAGUCAACAUGUUAACAAUGCACAGGAUGCUGGAUCAUUCCUCAGUGUUACAUUUGCAAGCUGUUCGGUGAAGAUUAAGAGAAACUUUGAUAAGUUUGUUCAAAACCAAAUAGCUGCAAUAGAAGAUUAUAAAGUUAAGAAGAAAAGCAGAUGUGGUAUCAUUGGAUUUGUACACAACUUUGGGGAGUUUGCUAAUCAGACAGAGAAUAUAUUUAAAGUAUCAGAUAGACACACACAUCUAGACAAGUCUUACUCUGCUCUAGUAAAAGUUGUAUAUCAACAAAUUGAUAGGAUAUCAACAGAACAUGGGAAAACUCCAAGAGAAGUUGUAAUGUUAGAAAGUAAAAUUGCCUCAGGUGUCAUACCAGAAGAAGUUGGAUAUCAGCUAGCUUUCAGUAAACAGGAACUGAGGAAAGUUAUCAAGGACUAUUCUGGAAAAGAGGUGAAUAUCAGUAUAAAGAGAAAAGAAUCUACUGAAGAUCAUCAGAAUGUAGCUGUAUGA